UCAUACUGGAAGUAAUAAUUAAAAAUUGAAAAGUUUUAAAUUAUGUGUAAAGUUUACACUGAUUUAAGUUAACUGUAAAAGUGUAAACAUUUAAAUAAUAAACAAUUAAACAUUCAACAUCUUAAACACUAAAAACACAUUUAACGAUAUUUUUUUGAACAGACAAUAAUUACAAGAAACAAAACAGGUCAUCAUGGGUGACCGAUACAACAUUCACAGUCAAUUAGAGCAUCUUCAAUCAAAAUACAUUGGUACAGGUCAUGCAGAUACGACCAAGUUUGAAUGGCAAGUAAAUCAACACCGUGACUCGUGUGCAUCAUACCUCGGUCACUAUGAUUUAUUGAAUUGGUUUGGAAUUGCUGAGAACGAAGCUAAAGCAAGGGUUCGAUUCAAUUUAAUGGAAAAAAUGUUGCAGCCUUGUGGCCCUCCACCAGAGAAACCUGAUGAAUAAUCUUAUGUUCUAACAACUAUUAUUUUUCUCAUAAUGUCUUAAUUUAGUUAAAAAUCUAAAAUAAUGUGAAUUUAUUAAGAAUCACUUUUUCCAGUUUAUUUGCAAUGUUUAUAAUAUUAUACAAUUUAAGAAAUAUAUUUUAAAUUUUUGAACAUGUAA